CACUGAAUAUUAGAGUACCAACAUAAAGUUUUUGAAGAAGUAAUAUACAUACAUAAUAUUUAUUUAUGUUGACAACAAUAAUGGAUCUAGCGUUUUUGAAAAAUUGAAAAUAUUAUUUUAAAAAAAUUUAUAAAGAAGUGUUUAUAUAGAAUAACAAGCAUAAGUUAAUAAAUACAAUACAGGCUAUGGCAGAUUUGGAAGCGGUGUUAGCUGAUGUCAGCUAUCUGAUGGCAAUGGAAAAGUCAAAAUGUACUCCUGCUGCAAGGGCCAGCAAGAAAUUAAUUUUACCCGACCCCAGCGUUAGAAGCGUAAUGUACAAGUAUUUGGAAAAAGAAAGCGAACUUAAUUUUCAUAAAAUUUUCAAUGAAGUAUUGGGUUAUCUGCUAUUCAAAGACUUUUGUGAAUACGAUUCAGAUGAACCUAUACAGCAACUCAAAUUUUUUGAACAGAUAAAAAUUUUUGAAAAAACCGAAUGUUACGAAGAAAGAAAAAAACUGGCAAGGGAAAUUUAUGAUAACUUUAUAAUGGAGGAAAUGCUGUCACACACUUAUGAAUACUCAAAAAAUGCUGUUGCAAGUGUUCAGAAAUAUUUGUUAAAAAAUGAAGUUCCGGUUAACUUAUUUGAACCAUACAUGGAAGAAAUAUUCACACAACUUAAAGGGAGGCCAUUUAAAAAAUUUUUAGAGAGCGAUAAAUUUACCAGGUUUUGCCAGUGGAAAAACUUGGAACUAAACUUACAACUAACUAUGAAUGAUUUCAGCGUACAUAGGAUAAUUGGACGCGGGGGUUUCGGAGAAGUGUAUGGAUGCCGAAAAGCAGACACUGGAAAAAUGUAUGCCAUGAAAUGCCUAGACAAAAAGAGGAUUAAAAUGAAGCAAGGAGAAAUGCUAGCAUUAAAUGAAAGAAACAUGUUGCAAGCAGUCAGCACUGGAGUUGAUUGUCCGUUUAUAGUUUGCAUGACUUAUGCCUUUCAUACACCAGAUAAACUUUGUUUUAUAUUAGACUUAAUGAACGGCGGAGACCUGCAUUACCAUUUAUCUCAGCAUGGAAUUUUCAGUGAAGACGAAAUGAAAUUUUAUGCAGCUGAGGUGAUUUUGGGCCUAGAGCACAUGCAUAAACGUUUUAUUGUGUACCGUGAUUUAAAACCCGCUAAUAUAUUGCUCGAUGAAAAUGGACACAUACGAAUUUCUGAUUUGGGAUUGGCUUGUGACUUUUCAAGAAAGAAACCGCAUGCAUCAGUUGGAACCCAUGGAUAUAUGGCCCCAGAAGUAUUAUCUAAAGGAACAUCGUACGAUUCUUGUGCUGAUUGGUUCAGUUUCGGCUGCAUGCUAUAUAAAUUGCUUAAAGGUCAUUCUCCAUUUCGACAGCAUAAAACGAAGGAUAAGCACGAAAUAGACAAAAUGACUUUAACUAUGAACGUAGAGCUUCCAGAAUCAUUUUCUUUGGAACUAAGGAAUUUGUUGGAAUUGUUACUUCAAAGGGACGUACCAAAACGGCUUGGUUGUAUGGGAAAUGGUGCGGAUGAAGUAAAAAUGCAUCAUUUUUUUUGUGGUAUUGACUGGUACCAAGUUUACAUACAAAAGUAUACUCCACCUUUAGUACCCCCUAGAGGAGAAGUAAAUGCCGCUGAUGCUUUUGAUAUCGGAUCGUUUGAUGAAGAAGACACGAAGGGCAUAAAACUAAACGAUGCGGAUCAGGACCUUUACAAGAUGUUUUCGUUGACGAUAUCUGAAAGGUGGCAACAGGAAGUUUCUGAAACAGUAUUUGAAACAGUCAACUCUGAAACUGACAGAAUUGAACAAAAAAGAAAAUCAAAGCAUAAGCAACACUUCGAUGCCGAUGAAAAAGAAUCUGAUUGCAUUUUACAUGGGUAUAUAAAGAAGCUCGGAGGAUCUUUUGCGUCUUUAUGGCAAACGAAAUAUGCCAAGCUAUAUCCAAAUAGGCUUGAGCUACAUUCGGAAAGUGGAAAUAAUAAGCCAGAAUUGAUAUUUAUGGACCAAGUAGAAGACGUCUCUUCCGAUUUUAUUCUACACAAAAAUGAGAAUUGUAUUCAGAUACGAAUAAAUGAUGGAAGCCGAGAUGGCAGAAUUAUUUUGACAAAUUCAGAUGAAAUAGGAUUAAAGGAAUGGGCAUCAUCUCUAAGAUCAGCACACAAAAUUUCCCAAGACCUUUUGGGAUCUAUGGCUAAAAAGGCUGGCAAAAUUUAUGGCAGUGAAAGAGAUGGCAACAAAUCAUUGUAUAUUCUUGGUGGAAACUGUUCAACGAAAACUUCAAAUGGGUCUAAUUAAAAUAUCUUUAUAUUGGAGCUUUAAAUCUUAUGCUAAGUAAAAUUUAAAGAUAACAAAGCCCGAAAGAA